UGUGUGACAAGAGUGACUGAUUGGCUGUACAUACAAAACAAAACAACAGAAAAAAAAUAUAUCAAAUCAAAUCAACAUAUGCAAAAAGAAACAAUUCUCUCGGCCUUAUACAAUUUUUGUUUUAUUUCAUUUCAAGUCAAGCGGUAGUGAAUUUUUCAUUUCGUCUCGAGAAACCUUCACAAUUGUCCAUCAAUAUUUCACGACUAAAUCGAAUGUGUCUUUAGAUAUUUAUUGAAAUUUGCACUGUGUGCAAUCACAGUUGACAACCAGAAUCGAAGGGGGACAGACAACGUUUGAGUUACAUUUUAAACACCCAAAUUGGUUAAGAAAUCGGUUGUCUGCGUCGAAUCUAUGACUUCAGAACAAAAUAAUAAAUCAGACGGCGAAACUUCAAGAUCGUCUGAAGGAUCGUCGUCUUCGUCGUCGUCGUCAUCAUCAUCAUCACCGUCAUCUCAAGAGCAAAUUGCAUCUGAAUCAUCCACCCCCGAUCAGUCACACGAAUUUCACGGUUUGGAAAAAGUAAACAGUGAACAAGUGAACAGUACCACACAUUGUAACAAAGGAAAAAUUGCUGCAACCAACAAUAAUAACAAUAUUAUUAUACAAGGUCAAAAUGAUCGUCCCGACACAGAUGAACAAAUUACAAAGCACGACACAAGCGGUUCUUCGACAGUUGAUCAUCAACCGCCACACCAUCAAUCGACUGUGAAUGAAAUUGACGAUAUGAAACGGGCACAUGCCAAACAAUUGAUUGAACGAUACUUUUACCAAUUAACAAUUGGAUGUAAAAAUGCCGAUUGUAGAAAUUCAAAUUGUGCGUCAAGCGGACAAUUUGAAGCAUUAACACCAAACCAAGCGGCCGCACGUGCCAUACAAUUAUUUUCAGAAGAUGCACAAUUGUGCAACGAUAAUUAUCCAUCAAAUAAAAGUGUUCGCAUCACAGACGAAACCGAUUCAGCCAUUCAAAGCACUGAUCAGGAUAUUGAUGACAUCUACAGUGAUUCGAAUGUUCAAAAAGAGAAUCAAGACAAUAUUAUUGCAGAAAUAUUGACUUCAUCGAUUGAUAAAUCAAAUAGUGACUUAUCAUCGAAUUUAUCACAGAACCCUGAAUCUUCCUUACUGUCAAAUGCAAAUACAUCGUCAACCACAUCAACGAAAAUGAAUCGUCGUACUCAGUUAGCUAUUGAAACGCUUCCAUAUAUGGAUGAGCAAGUGCUCAAUCAAUUAAUUGAUUAUUGCAAAAAGAAUCAUACAUUUGCACCGUUAAUUCGAAACUUAGGUAGAUAUUUUUCGUCACGUGAAUAUUUAGUGAAAAGCUUUCAAAAACGUCAUAAUCAUUCGGCCACACAACACAUUAGCAAAUUAAUUCCAAAAGCAGCGGUUCGAAAUUUAAAAAAUCUCAACAAAGAAGACUUUCGAACGCUCGAAGGUGAUUUGGAUAAGGAUAAAGAUGAAAGUGGCAUUACAUCGGACGACGACGAAUUGGCCAGUGGUACAAAUUUUAAUAAAAAUGAUGUACCCCAUCAUCAUACAAGUGUUGAUUUGAAAAGCUUACGUCGUUCAAUGAUCAAUCUACUUGAGACAAAAGCCUCCGCAUUCGAUUCACUCAAUAAUGCAUUGCAAAGUCUGGCGCUUGGCAUAAGUGUUGAUUUGCGUAUGCUUACGCAACGCGAAAAAAUCGAAGAAAUUAUUACGGUAUUUGUGAUUAUUUUUGAAAUUAUUAUUAUUGGAAAAUCGGAUUUUGUUGAUGUGGCAUUGCCAACGAUUUGCAAGGCCGCAUCUUAUUUACCAAUUUGGGCACAAGCACGUCUGGCAAGCAUCUGGGCGCAUCAUUGUCGUGACGGACUGCGAAAACUUCUUGAAACACUUCAACAAUUGAUCAGUUUACAAGUUAUCACCGGAACUUAUCAUGAGAACGCCUUCAUUCAAGACAACGAACAUAUUAUCAACGCCACAAAACUUAUGAAGAUUGUUUAUUAUGCAAGCAUACUGGCGGGUAAAUUGGAAUCGCCAAAAUUGCGCGAAGAGGAUAAUGAUUCUGAAUUCAUGCUUGAAGACGAUUCGUUGCUCAUUUAUUCGGGAUCGAAGAAAUCAUCAAGUGCUGAUAUUACCGAUGCAUUGGCAGACGAAUUGCAAGUAAAUGUGCUUGAUUGUCGUAAGCCGUAUAUUCCAUUUGAAGAGUUUUACAAUGAGCCGCUUAGCGAUGCCAUCGAAAUGGACAACGAUUAUUUAUAUUAUAAGAAUCGUCAAGGUGAUAAAAGAUUUUCGUUUAUGUUAUACUCGUUUAUUUUAACGCCAGCAACAAAAACACUGGGUCUAUACUAUGAUUGUCGUAUAAGAAUGUACAAUGAACGACGUUUUAAUAGUUUUCAUACACAAUUGGCCGGUCAACCAUCGAAUCCAUAUCUUAAAUUGAAAGUACGAAGAGAUCAUAUCAUUGAUGAUGCUCUUGUUGAGCUCGAAAUGAUUGCCAUGGGCAAUCCAAAGGAUUUGAAAAAGCAAUUGGUCGUUGAAUUUGUGGGCGAACAAGGUAUCGACGAAGGUGGCGUUUCAAAGGAAUUCUUUCAAACGAUUGUCGAAGAGAUAUUUAAUCCGGACUACGGAAUGUUUGUACAACAGGAUGGUACCCGCUCCGUUUGGUUUAAUUCAUCGUCAUUCGAAAAUGAAGCACAAUUCAUAUUGAUCGGAAUCGUUUGUGGAUUGGCCAUUUACAAUAAUAUUAUUUUAGCCGUUAAUUUCCCAAUGGUUGUGUAUCGCAAAAUUUUUGGAAUCAAAGGUUCCUUUGCUGAUUUGGCCGAUUGGAAUCCCACAUUACAUAAAAGCCUUCAGGAUAUUUUGGAUUAUGAAGGUGACGAUAUCGAAGACGUUUUUAUGCAAACAUUUCAAAUUAGCUAUCAAGACGUUUUCGGCAAUAAUCUUACACAUGACCUCAAGGAAAAUGGUGAUACAAUUUUUGUUAAUCAAACUAACAAACAGGAAUUUGUUGAUUUAUAUGCCGACUAUUUAUUGAACACAAGUAUCGAUAAAAAGUUUCGUGCUUUUCGACGUGGUUUUCAAAUGGUCACAGAUGAAUCACCUCUUCACCUCUUAUUUCGACCGGAAGAGGUUGAAUUGUUGGUGUGCGGCAGCAAGGAAUUUGAUUUCAACGAAUUGGAAAAGGCAACCGAAUAUGAAGGCGGUUAUACGGAAAAAUCACAGAUUAUUAUUGAUUUUUGGGAUAUUAUUCACAAUCUUCCGCUGGAAUCAAAGAAAAAACUGCUUGAAUUUACAACUGGUUCAGAUCGAGUACCAGUUGGUGGAAUGUCACGAUUGAAACUAGUCAUAGCUCGUAAUGGUUCGGACAGUGAUCGAUUACCAACAAGUCAUACAUGCUACAAUGUUUUAUUAUUACCUGAAUACACAACUAAAGAGAAGCUGGAAGAACGCCUGCUGAAAGCCAUAAAUUAUUCUAAGGGGUUCGGCAUGAUUUAAAGCCAUAACAAUAGCCAAAUCUUUUUGCAAUAAGCUAUAUUAAAUUAAACUAACGAAUCCGAAAAAAAAACAAAAAACAUGUAUUUAAAUUUAAGGCAAUAACUGAAUAAAAGGAUAAUGACACUAGAUGAUUCAAUGAA